UUUCAAACUACACUGCGUGCAAAAAUUGUUUAACGAAUUGUUAAAUAUAUGACUGAUUAAUAAUUUGAAUUUGUUGAUCGUCGCUAUUGAUUUUUCCCUCCAAAAGAAAUUCCUAUUAAUUGAAAAGAGAAAGAAUUUGUAUGUUGAAAUUUAUUCAACGCGAUCAUGUUGAUAUUAAAUAGUCGAUUUAAAAUGUAGAAUCGUUGUUGUUGGUCGACAUAUCGAUUUACACGCAUUACUGCCUUGGGCAGCAACAACGCUAUCACAGUAUAGGAAUUUUCGAUAUGUUUUGGACUAGAUGUUUGCCUUUUUUUGACAGAUUAGAUCACUCAUGAAUCACUUUAAUUGUUACUUUUCUUUUAAAAUGAAGCAAUAAAUUUACAGUGAAAUAUGGCACAAUCUAUUUUCGACGCUCUGACAGGUGUUUCACUCGAUAGCCCUUCUGUACAAUCUUUAUUAGAAUCUCAAAAUCUUAUUACCGAAGUAGAACAAUCAGCAAUAGAUCAAGAUGAAGAAGACAUAUUUCAAUGUGGAAAAUGUAAAAGUCAAUUCACAUCGCUUCACAUGUUCGUUCUUCAUAAAAGGACACAUCAAAAAACGCAAGAACAAACGGUGGAUUUGAGUCAAUUUUUAGUAAAUGACGAAAGUCAUAUUGUACGUGCUGAAGAUACUAGUCAAGAUGAAUCGCAAUAUAAUCCUCAAGAAUCAUUUGUACGAUCAGAUCAACUAGGUGAAUCUAUUAUACUUGAAGAAACAGAUAUGUUAUUUAGUAUGGACCAAGAAAGUGCAAAUUACUUUACAACUGAUUCUACAUUUAGUGUUCCAAUUAUAUUAAGUUCUGAAAGUCUUGAUACCUUUACAAAUUCGGGAAUUAUUGAAGAUAAUGAACCUAUGAAAAAUGAAUCGAAGGAGGUAUCUCAAAUUUUACAAACUGACAUCCUUCAAGAAGAAAACUUAGUUAAUUCUAUAAAUAGUAAAACAUUAUCGCCUGAUACAGUAUCCGUAGAACUGGAAAAUGUUGAACAAGCACAAAAUUUAAAAUAUAAAUGUGGUUAUUGUAGUAAGCAGUUUGCAAAAAAAUUUUACUGGCAACAGCAUGAACGAUCUCAUACAGGAGAGAAACCUUAUCAAUGCGUAGUUUGUGGAAGAGCAUUUGCACAAAAGUCUAAUGUAAAGAAACAUAUGUCAUCGCACAAAGUGUGGCCUGGAACUGCUAUACACUCGUUACCACCUGAGGUACCCCCAGAUGGAAGUAUAGAUCGUACCUAUCACUGUCAGUUCUGUAAAGAAAUAUUUGAUUCGUACAAAGCUCUUAAGGGCCAUCUUAUAGUUUCUCAUUUAGCACUAAAAGUGUACAAAUGUGUGCAAAGUAGUUGUAGUAUGAUGUUUGCUGAACUUGAAGAUUUUUUGGAGCACACUCGUAGUCAUAAACGGUCGGAAUAUCGUUGUCAUGUUUGUGGUGAAGUAUUUAAUACUUUAUCAGACUUAGGACUCCAUCAAUAUGCUCAUUCCGUCCAAAAACAAAAAACAACAGAAAAAUAUUAUUGUUGUAAUGUAUGUAAAUCAUCGUUUUCUAAUUUGGAAGCUUUACAACAUCAUACAGAAACUACCACACAUGAUUAUGCUUGUUUACACUGUGGAAAGAGUUUUUUGAUUGAAAGAUUUUUAAGGCGGCAUUUAAAAACACAUGCUUCAUCUGCACGUUUUGCAUGUGAAGAUUGUGGUAAAGCCUUUAAAACAGAACAAUAUUUAGCCAAUCAUAAAUUAAUUCAUAGCGAGGAAACACCUUUUUUGUGUCCACAUUGUCCAGCUAGAUUUAAACGAAAGGAUCGACUUGGUCGUCAUAUGUUGAUUCACGAUUUGACAAAAAGAUUAAAAUGUCCAUUUAGAGGAUAUUUGGGUUGUAUGAGUGAAUUUUCACGUCCGGACAAAUUAAAAAGACAUCUCCUCACGCACAGUAAUAUUAAACGAUUUAGUUGCAGUCACUGCAAUCGUAACUUUCAUCGAGCGCAAGCUCUUAAACAUCAUGAAAUGAAUAAACAUAGUUUAAAAUGUGAUAUUUGUUCACACGCAUUUAAAACUAAGGAUCAAUUAAUUACUCACAAUUGUGAUCAGUCAAGUGAGACUAAAAAACACACAAGUUCUCAGUUGCCUAAAAAAGCAUCUGGUUCAUUUAAGCCAAGAAAACCUACUCCAAAGAGACAAAUGUCAUCUGCAAAGGCUGCAAUUGGAGUCGCCGAUAAGGAGAAAUUAGAGAAAUUUAAGGCUGAUGAAAUUCAAAGAAAAAUUACCACCGAAAUGUUAAAAUCAAAUGAUUCGAAAAAUGAUUCGAACAUUAAAAGAAUAGGAAGCAAUUCGAUUUCGAAAAAUAUUGGUUCGACAAUCGAUGCAACUAUACGAUCCGAUUCAAUCGGAAAUGAAGUAAAACGCAACACCGAUAUAUACACGAUGCAUCAAGAAGGCGAAUAGUUUUUAAAUAUAUUUUUUAAUCCUAUUUAAAUCAUAUAAUUAGCCUAGUAUAUAAAUAAGUUAUUAUCAUAGUACGUGCAAUGGGAUCAUUGAAAAACUACAGGUUGCAUUUUAAAAUAGCGUACGAUAUUUUAUAAUUUACAUAUCUGUGAUAAUUGUAUUAUAAAUAUUAACAACAUAAGUAACUUA